GUUGAGGACAGGACGUGGAUCGGAUCGGAUCAGAUCAGAGAGUCGGAGCCGAGCCGCGGGAACCCCGACACACGGACCCCAGCUCAUCACCUCCACCUCCACCGCUCCAGGAGGGAGACUGGACUUAUUUCGCACCGUCCUGUAGAUCAGAUCUCUGGAGCUCUCGGGAAGCGGCGCAGCACCGAGGACGCACCGACCCGACCGUCCCGACCCGACCGUCCCGUCCCGACCCGACCAGACCCGCACCGACUCUCUCAAACAAAAGCGCGUCACACACCACUACGCCUGCCGAUAGCCCCCUGACAUUACUCGACACCAGUGAAGAAAUCCGCGAGGUGUGAACAUCCGCCGUGCGCGCCGCUUCAGGCUGACGACAGUGGGGUUUAAAAUCCACCAAAGUAAAACCCUCGACUGGAUCAGGAGUCUCCGUGUCCAGGGACGCAGAGCGCACAGAGGAGAGAUGGGUGUCGGAAUGAGGCAGACGCACAGCGCCUCGGCAGGAGUCCACCUACUGCUGGCACUCACACUGCUCGCCUGUAACUCUCACCUCCUGGUGCAGGCCAACUCAUGGUGGUCUUUGGCCAUGAACCCUAUCCAGAGACCCGAGAUGUACAUCAUAGGCGCACAGCCUCUUUGCAGCCAGCUCUCGGGUCUGUCUCCGGGCCAGAAGAAGCUGUGCCAGCUCUACCAGGACCACAUGGUGUACAUCGGCGAGGGCGCAAAGACGGGCAUCAAGGAGUGCCAGUACCAGUUCAGACAGAGGAGGUGGAACUGCAGCACGGUGGACAACACAUCCGUAUUCGGACGCGUCAUGCACAUAGGCAGCAGGGAAACAGCGUUCACAUACGCCAUCAGCGCAGCCGGUGUGGUGAACGCGGUGAGCCGAGCUUGCAGGGAAGGAGAGCUCUCGACGUGCGGCUGCAGCCGAGCCGCUCGACCCCGGGACCUGCCGAGAGACUGGCUGUGGGGCGGCUGUGGGGACAACAUCAACUACGGAUACCGCUUUGCUCGGGAGUUUGUGGAUGCCCGGGAGAGAGAGAAGAACUACGCCAAGGGCUCGAUAGAGCACGCACGCACACUCAUGAACCUGCAGAACAACGAGGCUGGCCGAAUGUCGGUGUACAAUCUGGCCAACGUGGCGUGUAAGUGCCACGGCGUCUCCGGUUCCUGCAGUCUGAAGACUUGCUGGUUGCAGCUGGCCGACUUCCGGCGCGUGGGCGAGUUCCUGAAGGAGAAGUACGACAGCGCCACGGCCAUGCGCAUCAACCGGCGCGGCAAGCUGGAGCAGGUGAACCAGCGCUUCAACCCCCCCACCGCCGACGACCUGGUGUACAUCGACCCGAGCCCGGACUACUGCCUGCGCAACGAGAGCACGGGCUCGCUGGGAACGCACGGCCGCCUCUGCAACAAGACCUCCGAGGGCAUGGACGGCUGCGAGCUGAUGUGCUGCGGCCGCGGCUACGACCAGUUCAAGACCUACAAGCACGAGCGCUGCCACUGCAAGUUCCACUGGUGCUGCUACGUCAAGUGCAAGCGCUGCACGUCGCUCGUCGACCAGUUCGUCUGCAAGUAACCCCAGACACUCGUUACCCGCCGAGUCGCGCCGAGCAGUUAGCAGGCGAGGCCAGGGACGGACCUUCUGGAGCACAGGAGGAGUGAAAUGUAAAAUGUAAAAUGCUAAAUGAAAUCUAAAGAAAUCUUUAAGGAUAGGUAUUAAUUAAGUACAAGUGUGUGGUGGACGGUAAUGUUUUUUUUUUUUUUUUUACACUUGAGAUUUUUUUCACUCGAGAGGGACGUUUUGCUUUCAAGCGUCCAUCACGAGUGUGAAACCGGUCAGAGAAACCAAACCAGAUUCCUCACGCUAUAAUCCAGCAUGCUGCUCCGCCCACUCCUCUCUCUCACGGACGCUCUCUAAACCUCCCCUGCGACAGAGCUCUUAAACUCCUCGGGUCAGCCCCCGACCUGGACGCUGGACUUUGGAUGAUGUCUGAUGGUGUGUGUUGACCUGUGAAAUCUAUGUUGCCAGUUAAAGCAUUUAUAAUCAGCAGAACCUCUCACCUUACCCCGACAAUUUCAGAUCACCACCAGACUCCUCAGUUGUUAUUGUUGUUGUUGUUGUUUUGUUUUUAGCUCGGAUCACUACGAACUCUUCGGAGCUCUCUCCGUCUAUGAGGAUCUUCCCUCUUACCGUCGUCUCGAGGAAUUUCAUCUCCUCCCAGGAUCCUCAAUCACAUCAACAUCAACAACAUCAAGUGCCUGAAAACAGGAAAAUUCAGAUUAAAAGAGCAAAGGAAAAAAAAAAAAAAAGUGGGGCUUUAUAAUAAAUACGGACUGCAAAAUAAUAUUUUAGCCGAACAACAGUGGUUCAGAUUAUAUUUUAUUAAUUGCUUGUCUUGUUAUACAUCGUAUGUAUUGUUCUGAUUUAUUAUUUUUUGAUACAGAGGCUUCUACUGUCGAGUUUUUAUUUUAGCAGGGGCAAAUAUGAUCCUAAUCGCCGUCAGAUAGCCGGGCCGUGGAGGAAGAUUCUAGUAAAGUGGCCUUUUGUCGAUCAGCGAGUGAAUGCAAAACUUGUAAAUAACAGUCCAUGUACGCAAAUUACACUUCAUGAUUACGACGUCCGUGAUUUUAUGUUAAUCCAGAUCGUUUGCUGGCUAAUCACUGUAUGCUUGUUGUGUAUAUGUAUUUCCCCAUCAUUCAAACCAGUAAUAUUAAAAAUAUUAA